GUCGCUGCAUUUCUUCCUUUCACAAAGAAAACGCAGGAAAAACGGGAACUUGGAGUAUUCAUACUAAUGUCUUAUUGACUGUGGUGGAAACCAAACACAAAAUACCAAACAAUAAAAAAAGACUAUGCUCUGAGACAUUGAAGGUAGAGAGUACCAACCACUUCACCUUCCACACCACACUCUCCUCUAAGCCAUAUAUCUCAUGCUUAAUUUUUUCAUAGUAGACUCAUGUAGCUUUCAAUUCCUCUCCACAAUCCAACAAUUCCCAUCUCUAAUUCCUUUCCUUUUCCUGAAUUAAGUUGAACAUAAUGGAGGAGGAUCAAUGUUGGAUCAAGAGUAGGAGAAAGUACUCAAUGAGCUCUAAUCUUGACUCAUCUACUAAUUACCCCUCCUCCUAUGAUGACCACUCAUCAUGGGAAGAACAAGCCUUCGCAAAAGAUGCAGCUAGGUCUGGUUGCACAUGGCCACCUCGAUCAUAUUCUUGUAGCUUUUGCAGAAGGGAAUUUAGGUCAGCACAGGCUUUAGGCGGCCAUAUGAAUGUUCAUAGAAGAGAUAGGGCAAGACUCAAGCAGCCAUAUAGCCCUCAGAAUGAAAUCCUAAGUGUUGAUCUUGAGAAAAUUACCACGCAACCCCUGAAUUCAGUUCAGAUUUCUUUUACUUCUUUGGGUUACUUAUACCCAUCUUCUCUUGGUGUAUUGACCCAUAAUAACACUAACCCUAAUUCUGAUCCUUAUUCUCAUGCUCCUCCUUCACCUUCCAAGGUUUUAGUCUCAUCAAUCAAUAAGAGAGGAAGAGAGAAACCCCAGAUUCCGCUUUACAAAGGAUGUCAUGAGUCUUCUCCUGAUCUUCCUUCUAAAUCCAUGUCAAAUUUAACUGAAGACUUCAGAUUUUGUUCACGUAGGCUCGAUCCUGAAGCUGGUGUUGAGAAAAAAUUGAAGGGAUUGGAUUCUAGGUGUGGGAGUACUGAGGGAGAUGAUGAUAAAACGGACGUGGCUGUGAGCUUGAACUUGUUUAUGAAUCUAGCUCGCCCAACUGUGCAGUUUGAGACUAAGGAGAAAGAUACAAGUUUCAAGAAGAGGAAAGAAGAUGCUUCAUCCAUUCCAUUCUUCCCCAAAUCAUGCUCUGUUGAUAGGCUUCAUAUGCAGUCAAAGAUGUUUGAAUUGAGCCCUAGUUCCAUAGAAGAGCUAGAUCUGGAGCUAAGGCUUGGUUAUAGGUCCAUGGUAUAGUAAGUAGUAACAGAUAUGAAGCACCAAUAUUGUUUAUAAAUGUAAUUUUACUCUUCUGGUUUUCCUCUUGUUCCUUGUUUAUUUCUUUGAUACCAUGUAAGGAAGAUUUUCACGUUUAAUAUAUUGGAUUUGUGAUAAUAACAAUAUAUGCCAAUCACAAACAAGCUAUAGCUCAUCAUGGAGUGCAAGUAUAAUUGAUGUCUCCAUCAAUUUUUACUAGGAUCAUGUACAAGCAUAUAAGAUAUAUCAUGGUUCUAUCAUUUUUAGUAGGAA